AUGGCAGGUCAAUUCGCCGCCGCCGCCGCAGCAGCAGCAACAACCACCAACGUUUCUCUUCUCCGCCUUCCUUCUCUCUCGAAUAAAGAUUUGAUUCCAGAAAGACGAGUUACAUUCUACAGGAAAAGGAAUUUUGCCAUCAAAGCUCUUGCAGGCAGUUCUCUGGGAAAAUCAGCUACGCGACUCACGAGUGUUUCAUCUCCACUAUCUACUGAUAACCAUGGUCAUCUCUCACUUGGUGUUUCUUUAUCUCGAAGAGGCAGUUCUAGUACCCGUCCACAAGCUUAUAUAUACCAUUGGUCUGGCUUUCGAAUCCCUGCAAAUGCUGAGAAGCCAGAAUGGUGGUGGAGGACUUUAUCCUGUGUACCCUAUCUAAUAGCAUUGCAGAUGUCCGCAACUGGGUAUUACAUAGAACCUUUACUUGAUAAAUACAAGCUCUUUGAAAAUCUGAUCUUUUAUAUCCCAGGAGCUGUCAACCGAUUCCCAACUUGGUUCCCUAUAUUAUACUGCUAUUUGGCUAUCGUGGUAGUGGUAAAAAAUAGGGACUUUCCCGUUAUCUUCAGAUUCCAUGUAAUGGCAGGAAUGCUACUGGAAAUUGCUCUGCAGAUAAUAUGGGUUGCAAGCAAUUUCUUGCCGCUCAUACACUUCAAGGGAACACUUGGGAUGUAUUACUGGGCUGGUGUGGCGUUGGCAUAUAUUUUCAUAACCAUGCAUUCCAUCAGGUGUGCUCUUCUUGGUACAUUUUCGAAUAUCCCUUUUAUAAGCGAAUCAGCUUUCCUUCAUUCUCUAUUUAGUUUAGGAGGGUUCCAGCGCCCUUUUUAG